GAUGAUGCCGAAACGGCUUCCUUCGCCGAUGAAAUGCCGGUGACUCCGUCCGUCGGCAGCACUGCCAAGCCGUCGCCAUCGAAUGUGGCAAAAGCAGGCGAUCGUGGUGCAGGGGACCGUGCUGCCGGCUUUCGUCCGGCGCCCAAUGGGACGCGCGUGAAUACCGUGGAAGAGCCCAUUCCGGAAUCAAAGCAUCCUCUUGGAGGGGUGCCGAACUUGGAGGACCUUGGGCAGCCGGAUCCCAUCCCAACUCACCUACA